AUGGUUGUGGAAGCACAUCGAUGUGGGCAGCAAGUAGCGAAGAAUAGCGAGUGUGGCAGCCAUGUUGACGUUCGGAAACUUCUCAAGACUUUGCAGAGCAAGGAGAGCAACAAGUUGUGUCGACAGUCCCCGCUACAGGAACUUGAAGUCGCUGACUUGACGUGGGAUUUCAACGGGACUGUGGAGGAUACACUGAGUAUCGAGAUCGAGGAGCUAGAAGAUCGAGCAGCAAUGAGUGAAACGGAUACGUGUAUCGUGUUGUCAGCGUCAUCACAAACAGCGGGUGGACAAGCUGUGAUUUGGUUUCCUCUGGACUGCAGCGACGACGUGGGCGAUAGAAGAAAACGUCAGAUCUUACUAUACGUGUGUCCUGGUCGUGUGAAAGUUGUUAAGAGCGUGGGGGAUUUGAUCAAAAAGAUGUACGAGGAACUACCGAUACUACGAGAGAACGGAUCGACAUACAACGUUUGGGCAGUGAUAAUGGGAGCUAAAUCAUACAAUCAGCAAGAGGAAGAGCGUGAUUCAAUUCGACAUGAAGUCGCUAAAGAUAAUAGGAACCAGCAUAAGGCGAAUAGCGUCUUAAAGUCCUCGAACAGCUCUACGAAUAGCACCUCAGUCCGUCCAAGUGCUAGCGACUCCAACCAGAUACACCUGGUGACUCGAUCUACGGAUUCGAAGAGAUAUAGCAGGGAUUCCUACAACCAGAAGGUGACAGAUAAUCAGUCUGGGGCUGUGGUGGACGAUGAGGAUACCAUACGCGAUGAUGAGCUUGAUCAAGACAAAUUUCAACCUGUAUCUCUUCGAUUCUCCGGUUACCGCGAUAUUACGGACAUGAAGCCAUACCUGACCAAGUCAAUAUUUUCUUUUGGUGGAUUUCAGAAAAACUCGGUUGAGCUGCAGCGGAGGUCGAGUGAACGUAUGAUGGAUAAUUCUGCUGUAACUGAGGAGAAUACUUGUACACGGGAUGCAGUCAUUGUCGAAUGCGAUGUAGUCAACCCUGAGGCCCAAGCCGCUAAUGCAACAAGUUCCGGGGACAAAGAGGAUUUAUAUGAAGCAGUCGCUAGAGACGAAAUGGUUGUACAGGAAGAUAACCAGCGUCAGAAUCCGCGUCCUAAACCCCGAAGGAAACUGGACUGGGUCUAG